CUUUCCGUUUUUUAAUACUUUAUACAGCACCAACAAAAAGAAGAAAUGCCCGCUCAGGAAAUAAACAAGAGUGUUGUACUGACACACCCCUCAGGCGCGACAGCUAACGUAGCGUUAUAUGGUGCCACUGUGACAAGUUGGGUAGCCGAAGGAGAAGAGCGUAUCUUUGUGAGUAAAAAGGCUAUUCGUGAUGGUUCAAAGGCAAUUCGCGGUGGUAUUCCAAUUGUAUUCCCUGUGUUUGGAACAAGUGAAAAGGUCAAGCUUCCUCAGCAUGGAUUUGCCCGUAAUAACAUAUGGGAAUAUGUUGGCCUUAUCACAGAUAAUGACGAGGUUGUUGUUCGGUUUGCUUUAAAGGACACACAGUUAACUCAACAGCAGAGAAACAGCUGGCCGUUCUCCUUCCGUCUCUCCUACACAGUCGCUCUUUCAGAAAAAUCGCUCAAGACAACACUAGUCGUGAAGAACGAGGAUAUUGAUACAUUUGAAUUCAAUACAUUGCUACACACAUAUUUACUUGUUCCUGAUGUGGAAAAGGUUUCAGUCAAAGGACUUGAAUCGUGUCAUUAUUUGGACAAGGUCAAGGGUGGCGAAAAAUUCCUUGAGAGCAAUGACCUUGUUACAAUUGGAUCAGAGGUCGACCGUGUUUAUUGCAAUGUCCCUGACCACUUGAGUGUCAACAUUGGUAACGGUUCAGUUAUUGAUAUCACAAAGUCCAAUCUUAGAGAUACAGUCGUCUGGAACCCUUGGGUUGAAAAGGCACAGGCACUUGCUGAUUUUGGAGAUGAUGAAUACCCCAAUAUGAUCUGUGUGGAGGCAGGGUCUGUUGCAGAAUGGGUGAAAUUGGCCGGUGGGCAGUCCUGGACAGGAGGGCAGGUUCUUACUGUGGUCUAGAGUCCGGGGUUGUGGACAUAAGAUGUUACCUUUGUGGUAUAGCACACAGUGGAACAAAUGUGUUACUUGAACUAAUAAAUAAUAAAUAAACAAAAAAAGGGAGUUUGAUAUUUUUGA